AUGUACAAACCAGCAGAUGGCGAAGACAGUGGAACGCAAACACCCGAUGGAGGCACACACACCCAAUCCCGCCUCCUCACGAAAAAGCAGCUGUCGGACAUGAGGAAUGGUAUCCGGGAAAUGUCAAAGAAGAUGGGCCGAAUAAGACUGAUGCUAGAUGUGCGGAACAUCUUCCUGCUUACGAAAGCCCACGACCAGAACCUCAUCAAGAAGACAAGAGAUGUUGCCGAGUGGCUACUUCAACAACGCAAUUCCGAGGGCAAGACAUAUAUCGUGUGGGUGGAGCACACGAUGAAAACCAGCAAAUCCUUUGACGCCGCUUCCUUGACCGCCAAAGAUUCCUCCUACGAGUCUCGUCUGAAGUACUGGACCAAUGAGCUGUGCGCGAAGAAGCCUCAUCAAUUCGACAUUUGUCUCGCCUUGGGAGGCGACGGAACAGUGUUGUACUCCGCCUGGCUAUUUCAGCGUGUUGUACCGCCAGUCAUGUCAUUCGCUCUGGGAUCCCUCGGGUUUCUCACCAAAUUCGAUUAUGGCGAAUAUUCCUCCAUCCUAACUCGAGCGUUCAAGGAAGGCAUAACCGUCUCCCUUCGCUUACGGUUCGAAGCGACGAUAAUGCGAUCAGUUCCUAGAGAUGAUGAGGAGGAACAGUCAUCCCGCGACAUGGUCGACGAACUCAUCGGCGACGGCUCAGACGAUGUCAACACUCACCGUCCGGCGGGCAGCAACAACAUUCUCAACGACAUCGUCAUCGACCGUGGUCCUAACCCUACCAUGUCCAGUAUUGAAGUCUUCGGCGAUGAGGAGCAUUUCACGACCGUCCAAGCUGACGGAAUUUGUGUCGCAACGCCUACUGGAUCGACGGCGUAUAAUCUUGCUGCGGGAGGGAGUCUGUGUCAUCCGGACAAUCCUGUCAUCCUCGUGACGGCCAUUGCACCGCAUACUCUCAGCUUCCGUCCGAUCAUCCUGCCCGAUACAAUAGUAUUGCGGAUUGGUGUACCGUAUGAUGCGCGUGCAAGCUGUUGGGCAAGUUUCGAUGGAAAGGAGAGAUCUGAAUUAAAACCAGGCGACUACGUCACAAUCUCCGCCAGUCGCUUCCCCUUUCCGAGUGUUCUGCCGCUGGAUCGAAGAAACGAGGACUGGGUGGAUAGUAUUUCCCGCACGCUGAACUGGAAUAAUCGACAACGACAGAAGGCUUUUGAUACAGAGGGUGAAGAGGGGCAGAACAAGGGGAAGAAGGAGGAGGAGGCGCAAGAGUGA